GUCACAUUUUCGCUGUGUGUGCGUGUGUAAAUUUUCGGUGUGCUCUCCCAGUUUCGAACGGAUUAAAGUCGACUUUUACCGGUGAACAUCUCCCAGAAUCGCUUGAUUUGGUUAUAUUUCCGAUAGUUUGGUGGCCAGUGGUAUCGGAUGCGUUAAAAUCCGGAAGUUCCGACCGUGUGCAGAAAUCCUGGCAGCACUGCCCUCACGCAGGUUCCUCGACCCGGAACGGAACGCAGGAGGCGCAGCAGGACAGGGGGGAAGUCACUGAAGUUUUUCACCAUCCAAAAAGACAGACAGUCGGAGAAGUGACAGAUCGAGCAAGAAAAAAACAACAAUGGAGUCGUCGGAACAGCUUUGAUUAGUAAUCUUCCCUGGAGAAAAAACCAUUCCUCGUCGUAGGGAGAACCUACCGCGGUCACCAUGGACGUCGAGGACGAUUCGUCCAAUACGCGGGAACAGUCGUGCACUCCGCCGCUUCCGAACACGGACCUCACGGAUAUUGAAAUUAUGAAAUUUGGUGAUGGCUGCAAGGGCACCGUGGACGGAACGAUCGGAGGGUUGUCGCUCGAGUCCCAGGGGGAAGCUCUGUUGGAGCUGGCACAAGCCCUCUGUUCGAAGGGGGAAGCGGACAAAAAUGGCGAUCGGAAAGGUGACGGACCGACGGAAGAUGAAAAGAAGGACAAAGAAGCUGCGUCCGGGGACGGUGGCAAAAAAGAGCGAAUGAAACCACCUAAAAUCAUCUCCGGUGGCACCCCAGCAGUAUCCACCAAAAAGACGACCAAUCCCUCGCCCGGCGGCAACAAACUCGAUCUGAAAGCACCCCGCAAAAUCCAAUUGGUUCUGACCAAGGAAAAGUUCACCGAAAAAAGUAACCCCUUUGAAAAGGAAAACACAACUGCAUUUGAUAAGGAGAAAAGUGGUCCCAACCCAACACUUGAGAAGGGAAAAAAGGAAGAAAAGGAAAAGUUAAAGCUAACUGAUAAAGAUAAGAAAAAGCCAAGUGAAAAGGAAAAAGAAAAUCCCAAAUUGCCACCUGAAAAGGAUAGGAAAAAGGAGCCAGCUCCGGCGCGAUCUCCAUCCGGAAGCGAAAGGCGUAAAGAAAAGCCAAAAGAAUCGAAAGAGAUGGAAAAGAUCGUCGAACCUCCUCCGGCCAGAAGAAAGCGGAGCCGGCAUCGAUCACGCGAUCGCCGAGAACACGACCACCGCUCGCGGAAUUUCGACGGCGACGACAGACCACCCCGGCAUCGCUCGCGGGUAGCUGACCGGGGGGGCGGUGGACGCGACAGCACGAGGAGGGACCGUCACCGACGAAGCGCAUCGCGGCACGAUCGUGGCCGAAGGCGGGGGGAGGAUGGUUCCUCCAGGGAUUCGAGAAGAAAGACUCCGGGUGCGGAACUGAGGCCGAAGAUGUCGAGCUAUAUCAGUGGCGGCAGCGCUAGUAAGAGAAGGUCACGAUCGAGGCCACGUGACAAAGACAAGGUGAAGGGGGUGGCGGCGGUGCCGCCGCCUACGACGAUGCGGCUUCUGCCGCCGCGGGAGAAAACUCCGGAGGUGGAACGAUCCGGACCCAAGUCGUCCACGCCGCAGACAAGUAUUACUCCGCCGCUUUCGUCCGUGGUAGAACGCCCGAAGCGCGUCGAAGGCGAAGUGGUCCAGUCCCUUCUAUCGAUCCUACGCUACACGGUAAGUCCGCCGGUCAUCAGUUGGCAGUCCAAGAUCGUCACCGCAGCAACGACGACCCCCGUUCGCAAGGAAACCCAGUCGGCCACCUCGGUUCCAACCGUAAUCCGCGCCCUCCAAGUUUACGGCGACGACGAGCGAACCGACGACGAAGCGGGCGAUUCGAAGGAACCCUCGAAGAAGUCGGCGGACAAGCGGAAGAAGGGCGACCGAUCGCCAAAGCGCCACAAAAAGGACAAGAAGCGACGGGACUCGAAGAAGAGGGAGCGCAAGAAGGAGUCUUCUCCGAAGAGGAGGAAAAAGUCGAAAGACAGGAAGAAGGAGGAGCGAAAGCGGAAGAAGGAUUCGGCGGAGCCGAAAGAUCGCGAGGUGAUCGAGGAUGAAGAACCGCCGACUCCGCCUCCGGCGGAUGUUACGGCUGCGGCGUCAACGGAUAGCACCGAAACCGAUCCGGACGUAUCGCUGCCGGAGGAGGAGGACGACUUUGACGACGAUGACGACCUGGAGAUGGAGGAGCAAAUCGUCAAGCGGAUCAAGCUGGAGAAGCUGGACGAGCGCGAUCAGCAGCUGUACGGGGAGAUUAAGAUCGAUUACAGUAUUGUCAAGCAGGAACCGGUCACGACCGACGAGGAAAAGGACAAGCGAGCGGAGACGCCGAAGGCGGUUGAAGAACCCCCGCGUGAGGACUCUCCGCUGGAAGCUGAAAAGUCCAAGUUUAGCUGCUCGUUCCUGAACGAUCUCGGUAAACCGAAGGACUCGUUGCAGAAGACGGAGGAAGACUCGCAGGACAAGCCGGACCUGGAGGACCGCAACCGGAACGAGACGGAUUCGCCCGACACGGACGACUACGCGUCCAACUGGGAGGACGACUUUAGUCCGAUGACGGCGAAAGCCAAAGCGGUCGUUGAAACGCCAAAGGCGCCCAAGGUCGACGAGAAGCCGGCGGAAGUUGAGUCGGAGAAGCGGGCACGUCUCGUGCCGAAGAGUUGCCACGAGGAGAUCAUCCCGCUGGACGAUUUGCUCAACGUGCAGAACCAGCUGAAGACGAUGAAGAGCAAGCUGGAGAAGGGCGAGCUGCUGGACGGGAUUACGCCGCUGGAGAAGGUUCCGCCUAAGACCGUGGUGGCGACGCCGGUGAGUUCCGCGACGGAAAUCCCUGAAAAGUUGGUCAGUGAAUACGAGACGUUUAUGAAGACGCUGAAUGAGGAGAAUCUUGGGCUGGAGAAGGUCGAUCCGGUUACGGACGCGAUCGAGAUGCCGUUGGUUGAGGGUAAGAAGUCCGGCAAGCGGAGAAGCUCUUCCAGCACGACAAGCAGCACCAGUUCCACGACGGGCAGUUCAAGCUCCAGUUCCGAGUCCAGCUCGAGCUCAUCGUCCAGUUCCAGUUCUAGUUCUUCCGAUUCCGAUUCGGACACCAGCUCGGAAGACAAGGGCAAAAAGGUCAAGAAGAAGAAGGUCGUCCUGAUCAAGCGCAAGAAGAACAUGCUGAAGCCGAUCGUAUCCGUGGAGGAGCUCGGCAAAAUGGCCAGCGAGCUGGUUGAUCCGGAACCGGAAGAGGAAGAAUCCCCCAAGAAGCAACCCGAACCGCCCAAGCUCGUCAUUCCAGAACAUCUACUGCCAAAGCCACGACUUCCGACGGUCCUGACAACCGUAAACUCCAAAAUCUACAGCAUCCGCAACGAUUCGACCAGCGAUGAACAGCUCGUAACUGCCGCGGCCGCCACUCCCUCUCCAGCCAAACCUCUCGAGCUGGAGCGUGACUCGCCGGUCAAGCUGAAGAUCGCGUCCAAAACAAAACUCAACCCAGCGAUCUCAUCCUCUGCGUUGCUUGGCGGCGCGGACGAGGAAGAGGCGAAACCAAAGGUCGAAUCUCAACCUCCGGAACCACCGGCACCGAGGUCGAAGCGAUCCCGCGAUCGUCACCGACGAUCGAAAGAUCGCAGUCCUCGACGGAGCGGAGAUCUCCUCCAGCCGAAACGACGCUCCAGGGAACGCCGCAGCCGUAGCAAAUCCAAGGAGCACCACAAACGCCAUUCGCUGGAGCGUGAUCGCGACCGGCGGAAGGAUCGAUCGCGGCACUCGUCGAGUCCUUCACGGCGACGCAUUCGCAGUCCUCCGCCGCCGCGAAGAUCGUCGCGCCGAACGCGGUCCAGGUCGCGCAGCUUGAGCCCAGCGAUGCUGCGAAGGCCACCGAGUCCACCACCCCAGGAGGAUCGCGAUCGCAGGAGGUCGUCCAGGUCAUCGCCAACGUUCUACCAGCGACCUCCUUCUCCGAAGGAGAAACCUCCUGGCGAGAACCAGAUCGACGUUGUUACGAGUUCCGGCGGGGGUAGUCAAUCCAACGAUCAGAGUCCAGUGGCCGGCUACAAGAAGAGCGUGGCCGAUUCGACGAUUAGCGAUGCCGAGUUGGAGAGUCAGAAGAGGAAGCCGCCGACGGCGGCGGCGGCGACUGCCGCGCAGGGAUUCAGCGAAAGUUCCGCGUACAACAACAUGUACUCCAAGACGUACGGAUACUACGGUCCGGAGGACAUGGUGUUGGAAGGUCCUGAAGGGGGAGACUCGCCCAAGCGACCCUCGCUUGACGAUCGCAUCAACAUUGUGCUCGGGAUCAACGGGACGGAGGUGGCGAAGCCACCCGAACACUACGGAGACUACCAGCCGAUUCAGACGCACCUCCAUGACAACCAGGCGCAACCUCCGCCGCAGCAGCAGCAGCAGCAGGCUUAUCCGUAUCCGGGUCCGCGGCCAAUGAUGCACCAUCACUACCCGCCGCAGCAGCAGCAGGGCUAUCCACCCCAGGACUACCCACAUCCGGGCUAUGGCCAACCAGGAGCUCCACGACCCCCGUUCUACCGAGGACCUGCCCCGGGCCAGGGUUGGCAACUGUCUCCGCACGGUUCCGCCAUGUCUCCUGCCGGUCAUCCGCACAUGCGCCCCUAUCCCAACAACAUGUACCACCACCCGAACCCAGCCGGACCGCCACCUCCACUGCCCUCAACGACCGAACCCGGCAAAACGCUCGUCAAGCAGGUCGGCAACGUGCUCGAAAUUGUCCCCACCGCCGUAUCGGCACCACCCCUCAAAACCACACCCCCUCCAACCCCGGUCGAGCCACCAACGCAACAACCCCCCACCGGGUACCUCUUAACCGCUGGCGGCGGAGCCUCCACCAGCCCACUCAUCCCGCUCAACUGUCUCGUGCCGAAGAUCCUGACCGCGGAAGAGCUCAAACUGCGCCACGAGCGACGGCUCGAGCUCAAGAAAAAGAUCCGCACCGAGCGCGAGAAGAAACGCAUGGAGAAGAAGAUGCGCAAGGAGAAGCUCAAGAUGGAGGUGAAGAGGCUGCUCGGCGAAACGGCCACCGUCGCGACGGUCUCCUCCGACGAAGAGGACUUUGACGAGGCGAAACAUCGCGCCGUGCUGGCCUCGCUGAACCGGGGCUACGACAAGAGCAUCCUGCGGACAAAAACCGGUGCAUGUGUGGCCCGCAAGACGGUGUUGUUUGCGGAUGGCGUAGCCCCUGGGGACGAGUCGUCCUCGUCGGGGGCGGAAGCGUUGAGGUCGCCGGCGAAGCUGAACGCGUCGAAGCAGCGCAAGCGGUUGCGGAGAAAGCGCACGCUGAAGGCGACCGGGCGGAAGCGGUUGAUGGAGCGGUUAAAGUUGCCGGAUCUCGAUCUCGAGGAGAAGGAGCAUGUCGAUCCGGAGCUGGAAGCUAUGCCUCCACCACCUCCCCCUCCGGGCACUCCGCCCCCGAUGCUACCCCAGCCACGCUGCAUCAACCCCCCGCCAGUGCAGAUGAUCGACUUCCGGGACGCUCCGCCUAUGCUGCCCUUUCGUGCUGGUGGCACUUCUACACCUUCGAGUGCGAGUUCUGCUGGUGGCUCUGGCAUGCCGUCUUCUGCGUAUAGCUCUCCAGCCGGAUCCGGAUCUGGCGUCGGCGGCGGCAGCGGCUCCCAGCAGCAACAACAAUCACCCGGUCCCAACGGAGGAGCAGGAGGAGGUUCCAGCGGAUCCGGAAUCAACCCAGGAGGUUCCGCUGGUGGUAAUUCUUCGAGUCAUCCUAUGAACAACCUGGCCAGUCAAAUUCCUCCUCCGCCACCGCCAGGCUCCUCCAGUCAAAACAACUUCCGGAAUCUGCCCCCGCACAUGAGGCCACACCUACUCCCAACACCCCCUCCGCCGGCCUCACACCACCACUACAAUCACCUGCUGCAGCCACCCUUGCCACCGCCGCCACCCCCGUCCCAUCACCACAUGGUCGGCCAACAUCCCAUGAAACCACUUCGAGGGGGCGGCCACCAUCGGGACGGCGUGCUUGUGCAUCCGAUCGAGACGAUCGGAUCGGGAGGGCCGGUGCAGCAGCCGCCGCCACAGAUGCCGAUGCGGUACUCGUUGUCCUACGAGGGGCCGCAUUAAGGGGGCAGGGUUGCGAGCUAGUGUGGAUUGCAAAGCAAAAACAACAGAUUUUUUAAGUGUGAGAGUGUGAAGCCGCGCAGAGCGUGUUGAUGGCAUGGUCGGCGACAACCUAUUAUUUUAAAGUUUGAACGUAAGUUUGCAGAUUUGUGUAAAUGUUCGGAAAUAUCCGGAAGAGAUAAGCGAACGAUCUAAAAAUAAGAGACAGGAAUCAAAGUUCUCUUGUAGCGCAAACGGAAUAGGAUUGUGUUGAACAGAACAAGCUUACUUGAUAAUAUAUUAGUAAUAUAAAUAAUGAAAAUGAAACGUAUGUGAAAGCCAAGAUAAUAAAUGCAAUUGUUAUCUUAUGUAGAAAAGGUAAAUCG